AAUCAGCUGUGAAGGUUCGCAAAUUGAGCAGCGAUUUGAGAAAGAGAUAAAAAGAAAACAAAACAAUUUUGCCCUCUGCAUUUUAAUUAGUUUCUUUCCCAUAGCACUGAAAUUGUUGUUAAUUGAAUUGAGGGCAGUAGGAAAGUGUUUAAUAGGCCCUCCCACCGCGGCUGUGAUGGCUUUAGUGCGAAUUCCAGAACAAAAGAUAAUCCUAUGUGGGGAAUACGGUGUGGGAAAAUCCAGCCUCUUCCGGCGAUUUCUCAAUAAUACCUUUGUGCCAACGUCCGAUCGGCAGUCUACCCUUGGCCUGGAUCACUACGAGAAGGGCUACACAGUGGGUGAUAAAGAAAUUAAGCUGCAACUCUGGGAUACGGGUGGUAUGGAGAGAGUGGCCUCCAUUACAUCCAGCUACUACAAAUUCGCCGAGGCUGCUAUAUUGGUAUUUGCCCUAGAUAAUGCCGCUAGCUUCCACUCUCUCUCCCAGCAUAUGCUGGAAAUUGUGACCUAUGCAGAAAAUGCCAAAAUCUACUUGUGCGGGAACAAAUCAGACUUGGAGGCUGGCACACCCCAAGUUACAGAUUCCGAUAUGGAGGCAUUUUGCGAGCAGUGCCAAAGUCUCAUUAGUGCUACAUACAAAACGUCCUGCAAGACCGGCGAAGGAGUUGAGGAGAUGUUCCGGGACAUUGCUACCCAGCUCGUCACUAGCAAUCGAUCACGCUUUGAACUACAAGCCCUGGAGCAGCAUGGCUUUAAGAUUGAGCCUGCAGAAGAGGGUCAGGAUCCUUCGUGUAUAUGCUAGGAUCGCUAGGAUCUUUUUCUCUUUAUUUAGAUUAUUUUUUUUCUAAAGUACACACACUCCCUUGUCCAAUUUACAUUGUUCUUUCGAGUGAACUCCCACCCAAUCGAAUAUUGAAAUGUUAAACUAAAAAGGGGUUCACUCAGAGACAGGAAGUCCCAAUUAAUUCUCAAUCAGACAGUGAAUUGAAGUCACUUUUAUAUAUAUUUAAUAUACGUAUAAUAUACAUUUAUUCCACCGCUUAAA